AUGAAGCCGAAACCCGAAGAGACUCCUGCAGUUGUAGAGGACGACCAGGAAACUAACAAAAACAAAUCCUCCCUGAGUGAUUCGGAUUUCGGCUCCGGUGGAAAAGUCAUAAGAGGCUUUCAAGGCGGAGAAUUUCUACAACAGGUCCGGCGAUUACAAGAGCGCGCAGCUGCUUCUGGGUACAACUACGCUGCUGGCUCUCAACAACAAUUAUGUGACUCUAGUAAAGAGCAGCUGGC